GCGAGAACUACAACUCCCGGCGUGCCCCGCGCCGCGCCCCUAGCAACGGGGCCGCCAUGGGGCAGGACUACUACGCCGUGCUGGGGCUGGGCCGCGGCGCCUCGACCGCCGACAUCCAGCGGGCCUACCGCCUGCUGGCCCUGAAGAGCCACCCGCUGAAGUGCCGCGAGCCCGGGGCGCAGGAGAGGUUCAGGCAGCUGGCCGAAGCCUACGACGUGCUCGGCGACCCUGCGAAGAGAGGCGUCUACGACAGGUUUGGAGAGGAAGGUCUCAAAGGCGGCAUCCCCCUAGCGUGCGGCGAUGAGAACGCCUGGACGGCCGGCUACGUGUUUCACAACAACCCUGACAAGGUCUUCAAGGAGUUCUUCGGCGGAGACAACCCCUUUGCAGAAUUCUUUGCUGAGGACGGCUCGGAGGUGGUCGUGCCCUUCGGGGGGCUGCGAGGCCGCGGCGCGCUGAAGCAAGACCCCCCGAUCGUGCGGGAUCUCCACCUCUCCCUCGAGGAUCUCUUCCACGGCUGCACCAAGAAGAUCAAGAUCUCCCGCAGAGUGAUGAACGAAGACGGCCAAACGAGCGCCAUCAGGGACAAGAUCCUGACCAUCGACGUGCAGCCAGGGUGGAGGCAAGGCACCAGGAUCACCUUCGAGAAGGAAGGAGACCAGGGUCCCAAUGUCAUUCCAGCGGACAUCACCUUCGUUGUCCAGGAGAAACCCCACCUGAGGUUCAAAAGAGCCGGCGACAACCUCACCUACGUGGCCACCAUCCCCCUGGGAAAGGCGUUGGUCGGCUGCGCGGUGGAGGUGAGGACGCUGGACGGGCGGCUGCUCAACGUCCCCGUCAACGACAUCGUGGACCCCAAGUACCGCAAGGUGGUGCCCGGCGAGGGGAUGCCGCUGCCCGGGGACCCCACGCGCAGAGGCGACCUGCUCAUCUCCUUCAACAUCUGCUUCCCCAAGCAGCUCACGCCCGACAAGAAAAUGCUCCUGAAGAGCGCGCUGCUCUCCUAGCCAAUAAAGCGCUGCUGCCAGCACUGGGGACGAGGGAUUUCCCCC